ACGCGGCGUCGCGUCCCGCGAGAGUAGGAGUGAGCUGGCCAGAGCUGGCUGCUCAGUCAGUUCGAUACCGAGCGUGAAACGGUUCGGGAUCCGCUCCGAUCCAUCCCGUGCGGCGUGUGUCGUCUUCGCUCUCUCUCUCUCUCUCUCUUACGUCCUUAACUCGAUCCUGAAUCGUCGCGUGCUGUUCCGGAGCGUCCUCCUCGUGGCGACGGAUCCCGCGGGAGUGCUAGUGGGGGACGCGACCGGGGCAUGACCGUCGGGGAUGCCUGCGGAAGAGCGCCGCGGGACAUGUGCGCUGCGUCGGGCUGAAGGAAACGCGGUGGACGCCGUUGCGCUCGAGCGAGGAACGACCUGAUCGAAGCCGACCGUCGGCCUGAGCGAAGAAGAAGACCAGCCUCCUUCCGCCUUCUAUCUUCCUUUCGGACACGUCGCGCACGAUGCUUCCUCGCGACACAUGUGCGUAUCUUUCGGAGGCUUCUCCGGCUCGCUCGCUGAAUGAGAGUCUUUGAAUUCGCGGGCCACCGGAGAGACCGGGGGGAGGUGCACCUGUUCAACCCGGGUCCUCGUGCGAGCCUCAGCGGCGGGCCGGACGCGGCUUGAACGCGAUCCUCCCAUCGCGAGGACGCUCCGACCGAUGCCAGCGCGACCCUUCCACCUGCCACGGACGUCGCGCGUUAUAAUCGGGUGCGACAUCAACGUCCCGUCGACAAUUUCACGAAGCACAGGUGGGCCGGUGGGCGCUAAUUCGCCUCCGGCGAAAUUCCCAAUCGGCGGGACACACGAGGGCGACAUUCGACGAAUGCGCGGACCGGAUGUUGCGUCGCGCGAUCAGUGCAGCCGGAGAACGAGGGGAUGAGGCGGACGCCCCUCCGAACUGGGACGAGUAAGCAGCGUCGGCUGUGUGCGUGCGUGGCCGCGAUCGAGCCCGGGAACUCGUCCCCUUGAAACGACGGCGACGACGCUCACCCCUCCGAGGACAGCCUGAAAAACAGACCGACCUCGAUCCUCGGACUGCGCGCAUCCACUCGCAAUCGUCCCCGCAGCCAUCCUGGACCGCGAUCGAUGCGUCCCCGGACGGACGGACGCUUCCGGGACGGACGCGGAUUUAUGCAUAUGUAUGUCCACCCGUGACGUUAUACGUUGUGCGAACGACCAGAGUCAAGGUCGAAUCGGCUAUCCCGGACCGAGGCGAUAUUCUGAAUCAUGGAGAGACGCGGUCGGAAAUAGCACGCUCGAUAUCGUCUCCACGGCAGUCUCGCGGCCGUAUCGCGUACGUUAUUGUCCUUGAUUGGCAGUAACCGGAGCUAAGACCCGAGUUCUACCCUUCUCUCUCUCUCCUCUUCCCCGUAGUGCUCGUCUCUCCGAUAUCCGUGCUCCGUUCGGAACUCGAGGCGGAUACAUCGCGCCGCUAACGCGGCCGUUACGCGAGAACGACGGAGGGACGUCUUGGGACUGAUAGAAGCGAACCAUCGAACGAGACACGGGACUUUGACAAUCGAUCGAACGUGGAAAUGUUCCGUGGUCGCGAAGUGCCCCUCCGGAGGAUAGUAGCGUCGGAGACGACUUUACGAGCGACAUAAACUCGCGCAGUCGUGAGAGACCGCGCGCGAGAGAUUUAGCCGAAAGCUCGACGAACUGAGCCGGGGAUCAGCGGUGUCCCGAAGACACUUGUUCGAGAUUCCGCACGGGAAGUCCUCAUGAAGAUUUCGAGCGGACGCUGCCCCGCGAGCGUUUCCCCAUCGGCUGCGUGGAAAACUGGAACCCCGUGAAGCCCCCGAAUCGAGUGACGUCCGGUCGAGCGCGAGACUCCCUCGAGAAUCGGACCGAGUAUCACGAAUGAGAGGCGCGUAAGAGAUCGCGAGGAGAACGUCACGAUGGGGAUGACGACGGCGGCGCGACCGUUGCCGCCGUAAGUCAGGUGUCGAUGUACCGGCGAUCUCCCGGCGAUCUCGCGCGACUUUAAAUCGACGGAGGAAAAAGCCGGAGGGAUGAGGCGGUGUUUCUCCCGCGGCGGCGACGCGGCGAAAUGCGGAAGUGCGAAAGCGCGAUACGUUCCAUUCUGAAAGGAGCCGUUCUAACCGGUCGGCGCGAGGGAGGAGGGGGAGGGUUUUAUUGAGGAAGAGGCACCGACGUGUGAACGGCAUCAUGUAGAGGCAGAAUUUCGCCGGAGAGAUGUCGACGACCCGAAGACACGGGAAUCCCGCCAGCGUCGCAUAGAGCUGCUUCUCUCGCAGAUAGUGACGAGGGUGGACGGGCCGGGCAGACAAGACAAGGUGUCGUCUCGCCGUUUCCCGCCGUCGUGGUAACGUGGUCGGCAGGGUCCAGGGGCCCAUGGCCGGGAAUUGUUUUCGUCAGUUCUGGUGGUGGAUCCCGAUCGCGAUCCUAUCCCGGUGCAUUCUUCCCUCCUCGGCCGGUCGUAUUUCGUGCACGUCCACCUAUCCUUCGGAGAUGGCCCACGGGCAAACCCGGUCCGACGCGGACGUAAUAGUCUUCCUGGGCGAGAGAUGCGACUGGGAGAUCAACGUCACCGAGAUACAGGAUCACUUGGAGCGCGCGCCGGACGCCGGCGAGCUCUCGAUCAGCGUGAUGCCAAGAUCCCUAACGUGUGAGACGAAGACCGGCGGCCUGGGCGCCCUGAUCCACGCUUUGGGCGAAAGCAAAACGAAGGCAGUGAUAGCGGCGCUCGACAGCUCGAUUUGCGAGGUGGCGGCCAAGCUCGCGUAUCUUGGGAAUAAACCGUUGCUCACUUGGACCUGCCCGCUGAGAGAUUCGACGGAGAGGGAACACUCAUCGAUCAUUAGGCUUUCUCCGUCACUGCCGUCGAUGGCCAAUGCCGUGGCGGAAAUAUUCCUACAUCUGCAGUGGAAAACCGCGGCUAUCAUCGGUACCGAUCGCGAGCCGUGGUCCAGCCUGGACCGCGCCGUGAUCAGCGCUUUUCGAAGGAUCGGCGUCGUCCUGCGGUACCAUUUGAUUCUACCCCGUCACGCCACCCUCGAGCAAAUUCGCAGAAUCCUGAAGUCCUUGCACAGCGUCUCGCGUCGAGCCACGGUGCUCUGCCUGCCGCUAUUUGACGAGAUGACGAAUCGCGUUCUGAUCGAGCUGGACGUCGCCUGGCAAACGCACAUCCAGAACUCCGUCAUCCUGAUGAUCCACACGGAGGAUAUCGACUUGUUCCUCCCGGAGGACGACUCGCCGACCUCGCUUACCACCGAUCCAUCGACCUUGGCACAUUUCGCGAUUACUCAGUCUUCCAAUUUUUCUACGUCGAACAUAACUCGCAAUAGUCGGUACGCAACUCCGCAGGACGACGAGGGGGUGCGGAGGGUGCAAACUCCGCGGAGAUUCUUCCCGCCGAGAAACCUCAGCAGUGCCACGACGGAGAACCUAGUCGCGGUCGCGCCACUCGAUCAAAGGUACGACGUGCGAAAGGUCUUCAACGGCACGCAGGAUUACGCGACGGUGGCGUUGCUCGACCGGCUGAACGAGUCGCUGGCCGUGCUGACGCGCGACAACAGCAGUAUCGACAGCCACAACAACAAAAUGUACACGUACGCCCUAAUGGACUGGCGCGACACCGGCUGGGAGCCGAUUCUCGCGGUGGUCGAGCGGCAUCAGCGGUUGCUGGUCCAACAGCUGACGCCGAGCGCGGUGGCGUUCCUCAACGUCGAGAGCCCCGAUCUGCUGUCCUGCGACGACGACGCCGACUGCGGGGCAGGUGGCUUGGCCGACAUGUCUUUCCGCAUCACACAUAUCGUAGCUAUUAUUCUGGGGUCGCUGCUGUUCACCUUUGUCACCAUCGCCAUCGCGAUUAUAGUCCGGAAGCACCUGAUCAAGAAGAGGAUGUCCAAGGGGCCGUACAAAAUCAUCCUGACGACGUCGGACUUCGUUUUCCCUCAAGUGCCUCCAGUAGAUUCGAGAACGGUAGACGAGGGCAUCGAGGCGAUGCUGUGCUGCUGGCUGCAGCAGCUGCAGGAGUUCGGCGGCCCGGAAGUCGAGAAGCCGGAUCUGCUCCAGCUGGGAAGCGUGAACUCCCUCAGGCCUUACUUGCAGGCCAACAGCGGGAAUUUGCCGCGGCACACUUUCUUCAAGGAUCCACGCGCCAGGUAUAACGGUGACUUGGUGCAACUGAAGGAGCUGCCCGUUCAAGGUACGUUCGAACUGAAGAACAAGGCCAUGGACGUGCUGGUCACGAUUCACGGGCUGCGGCACGAGAACCUCAAUCCCCUGAUUGGAUGCCUUAACGAACCUACGAGACCUUGCCUAGUGUCGGAAUAUUGUUCGAGGGGCUCCCUGGAGGACGUGCUUGUCCAAGACGAGAUCAAACUCGACUGGUCUUUCAGAUUAUCCCUGCUCACCGAUCUCGUGCGGGGGAUGAAAUACCUGCAUGGCACCCCGAUGCGUGUUCACGGCUAUCUCACUUCGCGCAACUGCGUGAUCGACGCGAGAUGGGUCUUGAAAGUCACCGAUUACGGCCUGCCUGCGUUUUAUGAAGCACAGAACAUAGUACCACCGACUAAAACAGCUCGGGACCUGUUAUGGACCGCGCCGGAACUGCUUAGGCACCCGAAUCUGCAGAAAAAGGGGACCCAACCGGGAGACGUUUACAGUUUCGGAAUUAUUAUGCAGGAAGUCGUUGUCCGCGGAGAACCGUUUUGUAUGCUCGCCCUGUCUCCGGAAGAUAUAAUCGAGAAAGUGAUGAAGCCACCGCCGCUAAUCAGACCGUCGGUCAGCAAGGGUGCUGCACCGCCGGAAGCCAUAAACAUCAUGCGCCAGUGUUGGGCGGAAACUGAGGAGAUGAGACCGGACUUUGACGACGUGCACGAUCUCUUCAAGAAGCUCAAUCACGGAAGAAAAGUGAACUUCGUGGACACGAUGUUCCAAAUGCUCGAGAAGUACUCUAACAACCUGGAGGAACUCAUUCGCGAGCGUACCGAGCAGCUCGACAUGGAGAAGAAAAAGACUGAGCAAUUGUUGAACAGAAUGCUGCCUAGCUCGGUCGCGGAAAAACUGAAGCUCGGCAUGCCGGUCGACCCCGAGGAGUUUCGCGAGGUCACGAUUUACUUCUCGGACAUCGUCGGCUUCACGACGAUAUCCGCGCGCUCGACGCCCUUUCAGGUGGUCGAUCUCCUCAACGAUCUGUACACUUGUUUCGACGACACAAUUAACGCGUACACGGUCUACAAGGUGGAAACUAUUGGUGACGCUUACAUGGUCGUGGGUGGCUGUCCCGUGAGAAUACCCGAUCACGCGUCCCAAGUAGCGACCAUGGCGCUUGACCUGCUGCACCAGAGCGGAAAGUUCAAGCUAAAACAUCUGCCGGACACGCCGCUCCGGCUACGCAUCGGUCUUCAUACGGGCCCAUGCUGUGCCGGCGUGGUGGGGCUAACGAUGCCGCGUUAUUGCCUCUUCGGCGACACGGUGAACACCGCCUCGAGGAUGGAGUCGACCGGCGCGCCGUGGCGUAUCCAUCUCAGCCAGGCGACGAGAGAUCGAUUGACGCAGGUCGGCGAAUACCACAUUGAAUACCGCGGGCCCACCGAUGUCAAGGGGAAAGGCAAGAUGCCGACCUACUGGCUGCUCGGCAAGCAAGGCUUCGACAAGGAGCUGCCCAGGCCGCCGCCCCUCGGGGAGAACCACGGGCGCGACGAGAGCCUGACCCUGGAGAGCCACCAGAGCGGAUUGUCGAGCGACUCAGCUGGCUCGCAAUUGCCGGUGAUCCCGUCGCAGGACGAUACGCACGAGGAGCCAGAGAUAGCGGUCGAGGCCACGGUCAACAGGGACGACUCAGUCAGCAGCGGGUUAGCUAACAGCGACAGUCGAGCCGGGUCCUUCGAAGAGGCCGGCACCAGGAAGGUCGCCGUUUCCGUGCACGACGAACGCACGUUGCUGUCCAGUUACUCCUUGAAGUCUAACAACGACUUCAUCGAGGUGCUGUCGGGAAGACAAGACACGGUCACCAAGACGUGCGAGUCUCACGGCGUAACCAAGAGCACAUCCGGCGAUACCCAGGUCUCCCUCGGGAUGUCGUCCGGCGGCGAGCCGACGUCAACGGUCCUCGGCGCGUCCACCAGCUCGCUCACGUCGAUCGCCAGCUCGGCGACGUACCGACAACCGCCGAGGUUUCGAAGGCUCGCCGGCUGCAUAGACGAGAAAGACCUCAGCACGCCGUACAACUACUACAGAUGUCUGUCGCCCAACGAGCAUCACGGGAAAGGUCCCGGAUGCCGGAUACUCAAGAGGCAAUUCAGUCUGGACCGUCCGGACGAGCCGACGUCGGCAAUCUCGGAGCAGUCUAGCAGCCAGAGAUCGGCGCCUCGUCUCUACAAGCAAAACAGCGCAGGCGCGGCCAACGACUUGGAGAGGAUCGAGGAGGUGCCGGCCACCCCUGGACCUCUUCUUCAGAACUAUCGUAACGCCGCUUCGGUUUCCCUCUCCGUCGAGUCGCUCUCGUUACGCUGAGGCCUCCGGAGAUGUUUCUCGGGAGAAAACCCGAACCUUAUGCAGAGAACACAAAAUCGAACGUAGUACCUGUGCGUGAAAGCGUCGCGCUUUUGGAGCACACAAACGACUCACGCAGGAGCGCAUCGUCGCCGAAGCGAAACAUACUGUGAGCUGCUGCAAUGAAAAAUACAAAAACUGAAGUAAUCGAGGUGAAUCGAUGUCGAGGAGCUGGACAGACCGCCGACCGGGGAAGAAACGUCGACCCAGAAGACCGUUCGCAGUAAUUCCUCCUCAAGAUUUCAAGGUCUCGACCACUUUUCAGACUGCGUUUCGCCGUGGCGUGUAAAACGAACCGUCGUAUUGACUCGUGGCUCGUUUGCUUGCUCCGUCUAUAUUCUUAUCUGAAUGUACAUCGUAUUAGUGUAUCGCGAAAUACCCGCGAAGCGCGGACAACGGAUUAGAAAUUCGAUGGCAUUAGCGCUUGUAUAAGUCGUUCCACAAGUAAUUGCCGAGGAAGAAGAAGAAGAAAAGGAAUACUCGAUGAAGGACUCACGGGUGAUCCGAUCGUCGAGUUCCCUCCGGCCUGUGUGUUUGUACCUGUCGAUCCAGGGUAUUCAAUAGUUUCACCGGUAGAGACAGCUUCCGGUCGCUCCGUGACGCCGACUACACCACCUCUCGUCGAAUCAGCAUUCAGGCGUCUCGGAGAGCGCGAAUGUAUCCGAAUGGGAUAUUCCCGGAUACGCACAGUAUCUCGGAUACAGGAUAAAAACAUUUUCCGCUUGCGUUAAAAUUGCUCCUCGUUGAAAUUUUUCUAUUUCUUUCUUUAACAUACCCGAGUGUUAACACAUUACGUUCAAAAUGUUACGUUGCGUCGAUAUUUAGCAUGUGUAAAUAUUAAAAUAGGACGUUUUAUACUUCAAUAUCGAUUAACGCAUUAAUUUUUCGUUGAUUUUGGAUAUAAUAUUUGCGUUAAUUCGACAUAUUUACUUUGUGUUAAAUUAACGAUCUGAGUGGGCCGUUUGGGACGUGUGAAACGUGUUAGAUUUAACGCGAAACUUUUUACCGCGUUUCACUCUCCCGGAUGCCGGAGAAUUUUGCGUCGAGUACCCAUGCGGGAUGCGACCGGAUUUCUUUUUAAGCGCAUCGAAGCGUCGAGAAAUUGUGGGCGCGGCUACGAUUGUAUCUCUUUCAUUUUCGCUUGCCGUUCGAUAACAACGGAAGUAGAAGAGAGCACCCCCUUAUCGCGGACGACAAUCUCCACUGCGCUGAUCUCUCGUCAGUUUUCGGCAUCGGUUCCGACGACGAUCGCGCCAGAACACGGACUAAUUGAUUAACUUCGACGCAGGACUGCAAACGAGAUCAUCUUUCGCGUUUGCAUGCGCGAAUGCUCGAAUAUAUUCGAAAGAUUCGAAUAACUCUCGGGUGGAGCUCGAACAGCUCACUUGGCUCGAGUAAUUCCAGGCGAAAUAAGAGAAAUAACGAUUCGAAUUCAAAUUUCGUACGCACGGUUUUCCCGGAGUUUCCGGAUGAUCUACGCGAUAACGCUUGAAUACUGAUUCAAUCCCACUUCGAGCGUUAUAUCGUCCAUUUGGACUUUCGUCCGUCCCUUCAAACUCAAUCCUGAAGCCCGGUGUCCAUUUAAAAAUUCCGCAAUACUUUCGGACAGUGUCAGAUACUAUUCGUCAGUCUAUUAAUAAAAAAUAUUAAUUAACGA